AUGGCGCCGCCGGCGGACGGCGCGAACGCGUCGUUCGACGGCCCUUCGUAUCACAUCCCGCAGCGAACGUUAGACCUGAGAUGCGACAGCGCGUACUUCCGCGUCCGGAUGGAGCUAUCCGGCGAGAGCGCCGCGGAGACGUCGUCGAGGCAGACGUUCCAGACCGCGGUGACGCACGCGCUCGUCCGCGCGCACGGCGUCGUCGGCGGGGCGAUACCCAUCGAGCAUCUCGGCUUCUUCGCGCCCGCGGCGGCGGCGACCGCGACCGCGACGACGACGUCGGGCGGGGAGGGAAUCAUCAAGUGCCACGUGGACGACGUGGACGUCCUCCGGAGCUCGCUGUCGCUGCUCACGGAGACGCACGAAGGGAGGGGGUGCAGGUUGAUCGUCGUCGACGUCGCGGAGACGCUCACGCGGAUAGCGAAGCCGACGACGAGUAGGACGGCGUUCGACGCGGGGUGA